UGCAAUGACCCCCCCUAGUGCUUGGCUUCCUGCACCUGAGGUGCACUAGCAUAGCUAGCACAGAGAGUGCUAUUGAAGCUUUCUGCACAAAUUUACUGUUAUAUAACUUGAAAUUAGGCUCUUAAAGUUACAAGGAAUAGGUCCGCCAGCUGUAUAUAAGGGACAGCUGGGGGAGGACUGCAGGCGUCCUCUUGUCCUUACCUUGUGCAUUAUUCAAAUACAGUGAGAUUUGUGGUGAAUAAUUAUUAAUUCUUGAACUAAGCUUGGGGAGGGGGCUGUGCUUGCCAAGAAGACUGGAAGAUUUUAGACCCAAGGUAAUCUUCCCUGACCUCUCCCAGUUAUAACAAUCUCUACCCAUGUUUUAAUAAGUCCCUCCUUUUGUGGGACUGGAAAAAGGGGCAGCCUUACUCAAACAGCAAUUUAGCAGAUAGAAGUUCAAGAAGUGAUAACUGAGAGAGUGCUGCAGGCUGCCCUUGGCACAGCACCAUUGUUUGUAGCUAGGACUGCAGCUCCAAGCUGGGGAGCUCUGCUGUUUCCUCCGGAUUGUGCUGAGUGCACAGACACGCCUGCCGUCUGCAGCUACAAGAUCUCAGCAAGAAGGAGAAGAGCAACCUGAUCCAUCAGUCUCUUUCCACUGCUCUCAGGAAAGAGCCCGUGCAGCUGCUGAAAUGUGCAAGAUGUCUUUCAAGAAGGAAACGCCGCUUGCCAAUGCUGCUUUCUGGGCUGCGAGGAAAGGAAACUUGGCACUGCUUCAGUUGCUGUUAAACAGUGGAAGGGUAGACGUGGACUGCAGAGACAGUACUGGUGCUACAGCGCUGAUGGUGGCAUCCUAUGCUGGGCAUUUUGACUGUGUACGGGAGCUGGUGUUGCAGGGAGCUGAUAUUAACAUUCAGCGAGAGUCUGGAUCUACUGCUCUGUUUUUUGCAGCUCAACAAGGUCACAAUGAUAUUGUGAAAUUGCUUUUUGAGUUUGGAGCAUCAACUGAAUUUACAACUAAAGAUGGAGGUACAGCUUUACUCGCAGCCAGUCAGUAUGGUCAUACCCGAGUAGUUGAAACCCUUCUGAAGAAUGGAGCCAACAUUCAUGACCAGCUUUAUGAUGGGGCAACCGCACUGUUUUUGGCUGCACAAGGAGGUUACAUAAAUGUCGUUCGACUGUUACUCACCUCUGGAGCAAAAGUGAAUCAGCCCAGGCAGGAUGGAACAACACCUUUGUGGAUAGCAUCCCAGAUGGGGCACAAUGAAUUAGUGAGGGUCCUGUUACUAAGAGGAGCUGAUCGUGAUGCUGCACGGAACGAUGGCACCACGCCACUAUUUAAGGCUGCAUCUAAAGGGUUCUGUGAAGUUAUAGAAGAAUUACUUAAAUUCUCUCCAGCGCUUGGCAUCUUAAAAAAUGGAUCAACUGCUCUCCAUGCUGCUGUCCUCUGUGGAAAUGUCAAAUCAGUGGCCCUUCUUUUAGAAGCAGGGGCAAACCCUAUGAUAAAAAAUAAGGCUAAUGAAAUACCAACUGAUCUUUCAAAAAAUGACAGAAUAUUGCGUCUUCUGAGGCCAACAGAAUCAAUGAAGAAAAGUUAACAAAUUUUCAUUUUGCUGAUUGAUGCCAUGGUGUUUGUUUCCUCUGGGAUAUAUAUUUUGCCCUGCUACAAUGCUGCAAAUCUGGCAUUCAGCUGGCUCGGCAUAUUGGGUUUCAUGCUAAAUAAUCAGUUGCAAAAUCUUCAGCUGAAUUAAAUAAAACUGAAGUGCGGAUAUGAGUUGUUUUGCCAAGGCAUACCCAAAUUACAUUUAUUGUAAUGUCCAGCCUCGUGGUUAGCAUGGCACUGCUCCCCUCAUGGAAAUAUGAGGCAAUAUUUCAGUCUUCCAAGAAUUUGAAAGAGGGUAACUAUAUUCAGGAAAAAUCACAGGAAGGUCACUGUGCCUGUUCCUGUGCCUCCUGUGAUUCCAGACAGCCAAGUAAACCUGUUUGGUGAGGCAGAUAUCGUACCCAAGAGUUCUGUGAUGGUGACUGUGGAACUUGAAAUCCCUCUGCUUUCCAUGGUGGACGGUGCAUUCUCUCUUCAAGAACAAGAAUUCAUCACUUCAACAUGGCACAAGGCAAGGGGGGUUAUUUUUUCCUGCAACUCCACCUCAACUCUUGUGUUGAGGCAAACCUGAGAUCUAACAUAUUCCUCAGUGAGGCAGGCUCCAUCUGUUAGUGUUACACUGGGUGGCAGAACUUGUGAGUAUUGUAUAAAGUAGGCAUCCAUUUAAUACUGAAUGGGAGAAUAGCAGCUUUUAAAUAUAAUGAAUUUGUUAUUAUCAAGUAUGGUCACCAAUAUCCUUUAGGUAUCUUCUUUUAUUGGUUUGUGGCUUCCUAGCAUGUGGUAUUAAUAAGCAAUUCAGGUUCACUCUAUGCAAGAAUUAUAAUAACUAUGGCUUUACACACAAUACAGCAGGACUCAGAAUGUAUAUUUAGUCACUGCUUGCAUUAAAACUGGUGCUGUACAAUAGGUGCUGUAUAUUAGGAAUAUUUCCUAUUCUCCUGUGGUGUCUCAUCACUAUUUUAAUAUAAAGUAUUUUUUGCUUGUUGGGUUUCAGUGCACUUUAAAGAUCUAUUUGUGUACCUACGGUCGACACAUGUCCUAAAAUUCUAAUACUCAUAUUCUGUUUAAUAAAAUAGAUAGAAUAACGAUUUUAAA